AAUUUAAAAAAUAAUUGUGAAAUUUUGAGAUAUCUUUUAAUUAUCAAAAAUAAUCCAUAAUUCAAUCACUCAAAUAUUUUAGAUAGUCAAAAUUUUUAAACAACUAAUAAAUAUAAAUAAACAAAAUAGGAAAAUAUGAUUUAGUCUACUGCUAAUUAUUAUUAAAGCUAACAGGAAUAGCAAUUAAAUUUCAAUUAGAAUCGUUCACAACAUUAGCAAACACAAAGUUAAUUAAUAAAUGUUUAGGAAUAAUAUGUGACACCAAGAGAUAUUCACUUUACUAUGAACCAAUCAAACUCUAUUGGGUAAAAUAGCUACAUGUAUGGAACAGCAAGUCAGUAAAAUGCUAACAACAAUGCCUUUAGCCAAGUUUUAACUAAUGGGUAGCAUUAGCAUAGUUAGAGUAUUGGCACUCCUUAUGCAGGACAGUCACACACUCAACAAAUUUAAAAUUAAAGCAUUCUUUCUAUAAAAACCUAAUAAAAUAAAGAAUAAUAGUAUGUUUAUUGCCCUACUCACACAAAUUUUUUUAUAACCAAUAUAUGUGCUUAGAAAGAAUGCAUUGAGCCUUUAUGUCCAGAAUGUAUAGUUGGACAUAAUGAGCUUCACAUGAAUAAUAAAACUCAGUCUUAAUUGCAAAAUAUUUAAAGUGCAAGAUAGAACUCAAUAAGCAAGACUGAAUCUAUAAUUAAAUAGCUUAAUCAAGCAAAAUAAGAUAUUCUACCUUAAUUAUAGCAAAGUAUGAAUGAUUCAGCUAAGAAAAACAUGGAAAAUUUAAAUAGGCUUAAGCAAUAAAUUUUGGCCUGCGUAGAAAAUUUUUUUAAAGAGCUGCAGAAUAAAAUUAAUGAUACCUUUAAAAAUACAAAAGAUUUGUCUGAAUAGCUUAAUGCUGUUAUUUUUUAAAGGACUGAUAAUCUCUAGAACACUUUGAAUGAAUUAUAAUCUCCUCUCUAUAUAAAGGCUUUAAUUGAAACUAUGGAAAACCCUACUUCUUUCAGUAUUGAAGAAUCAUCCUAUCAAUAUCUUGUUGAUUAGAUCAAAGAAAACAAUUAAAUUAUAUUUAGUAAAUCUACAAACACAGAAGACGUACUCAAAGAAGUAUUACGAAAAUUGUACUCUUACCAAAAAAGGAAAAAAAUAUUUAAAUUUCCAACUUAGGGUAAUAAUAUGCUUGAUAGUAGGAGACUGAGUGAUUCAGUUCAUAACAGUUCUCAAAAAUAAUUAAAAGCAGUAACUUCUCCACUUAGUCAUAGAAGUAAUAUCUUUAACUAGCAGUUUACCAAUUUCUAGUAAAUCCUAUCAUCUAAUAGUCCACAAAAGCAGCAAUCGCUUCACUUAUCUAGAUAGAGUUUGGUAGUAUCCCCAUAUCAAAAAGAAUAAAUUAACUAAGCAACAAAGCAAAACGAGGUUUCUUAAUCACUAAAAAAUAUCAAAAAUGAAUACUAUAACUAAAGCACUUAAAAAAAAGAUAAUGCUAACUUCUCUAGUAAUUUAUAUGCAAGAUCUAAAACAACUUCGUUAGGAAACGAAAAUUAUUUUUCUUCUUCUUCAAAUAGCAAUUUGCAAAACCAAAUUGGAUAGAAGCAAAGAUUUACUCAGUCUACCUUAAGGACUAACACUUUGAGUAACUUUGAGACAUUUAACGAAUUCAAUGACAAAUCAAUAGACUUAGAAGAAAUAGGAUAAACAAUUAGAUAAAGAAAUUUAAAUGACAAAAAUUAAUCUAAAAAUGAAAGCCUAUUUAAGCACCAAUCCAUGCAGAAAUAAAGCAACUAACUCUCCAAUUCAAUUGACAAAGGAAAUACUAAGUUAGUGCUCCCAGUUAGUAGAUAACAAAUUAAAGAAGAAAUUCUUGAUAAUCAUAAGAAUGAUUUUGUGGAAAGUUUUACUGUAGAGGAACUGAACGGAGGGAAAGAUGAUUAAUAGUAUAUGAAUUGUGAUAUAAUUGAUGAUGUAUAUGAUGAUGAACCAUCUUUAAAAUCUAUUUACGUGUUUGUUGAAGGCACUAAAAUUUAUCACUUCAUCUCAUUUGAAGAAUACCUCAAUUUCCCAAAAUCUGGAUUUAAAACAGAUUUUCUUUCUAUUGAUUUUAAAAUACCGAUUGGUCACUGUAGUAUUUCUGUGCCGAACUUUGAUUUGGUAAUUAUAACAGGUGGUAUAAUGUAUGAAAAAAAUAAAAGAAAAUCAAUCAGAGAUGUUUAUAAGUUGAAUAAAGAAUAAAACACUUUAGAGCAGUUAUCGGGAAUGUUAAAUCCUAGAUCGAUGCAUGGAUUGGUAUAUAAUGAAGGCAGAGUGUAUGCGAUUGGCGGGUGUUCUGGCUAUGAUGAAUCUUCCUCUAUAAAUAAAUGCGAGUAUUACGAUUUAAAUACAUCAAAAUGGGUGGAAAUAGCUGAUUGUAUUUACAAAGCCAGUGGAUCAGGUCUAACUGUGUUUAAUAAGAAAUACAUAUUUAAAUUUGGUGGAAAGGAAGAUAUCGUUAAGCCAGUCAAUUUUAUUGAGUGCUAUGACAUAAAAAAGAAUAAGUGGGAUUAAGUAAACUUUAAUUUAACUAUAGACAAUAAUAAUAGUCUUCCAUUCUUUCCUUUUGUGAGAUAAAUAAAUUACAACUAAAUUAUAUUACUUGGAGGGUAAAACCAUAGUGUUAGAAUGAAUUAAUCUUUCAUAAUAAAUGUUAACCAAGAAAAUAAUAAAUAAACUCCUGAUCUCCAAUUCGAAAAAUCUCGUUCCCUUCCCUCUUAAUACGAUUUUUAUCAAUCCCAAUCUUAUAUUUACCAAAACGAGUUAUAUGUACUCAAAAAUGCUUCUAAAAUGUCUUCAGAUGACUAAUCCAUUUUCUUAAUUUAUAAUGGAGAUAACUGGAGUCACGCAUGA